AUAUAGUUCCAGGGGAGAAGUCCAGUGACAGAGCACCAUGGCUUCUGACAAAGGUCCUUCAGCUGGAGAUGCCACCUUGAGGAGGAGAAUCAAACCCUGGGAAUUUGAAGUCUUCUUUGACCCCAGAGAACUCCGUAAAGAGACCUGCCUGCUCUAUGAAAUCCAGUGGGGCACAAGUCAUAAGAUCUGGCGAAACUCAGGCAAAAACACUGCCAACCAUGUGGAAAUCAAUUUUAUAGAAAAAUUUACUUCAGAAAGACAGUAUUGCCCAUCCAUCCGCUGCUCCAUUACCUGGUUCCUGUCCUGGAGUCCGUGUUGGGAAUGCUCCAAGGCUAUUAGAGGAUUUUUGAGUCAACACCCUAGUGUGACUCUGGUUAUUUAUGUAGCACGGCUUUUCUGGCAUAUGGAUCCACAAAACCGUCAAGGACUCAGAGACCUCAUUAACAGUGGUGUGACUAUCCAGAUUAUGAGAGUCCCAGAGUAUGAUCAUUGCUGGAGGAAUUUUGUCAACUACCUACCUGGGAAAGAAGAUCACUGGCCAAGAUACCCUGUGCUAUGGAUGAAGCUGUAUGCACUGGAACUCCACUGCAUAAUUCUAGUAAGUUACUUUAAGGGGUAG